CAAAUUUUAUUGUUGGAAAACUACCUAAUCUUUCAAAUUUACUGAAAUUACAUUAUUGUGAUAUACAUAAAUAAAGUAAUGGACACGGAGAAGGAAGAAGUCCUUGAAGGAACGCCUGCAUUGUGUAUGAAUUCGCAGAGCGAGAUGGAUUUGGAGAACCAUCAAGAUGUUAUUUUAACGGAUGAAAGUGUAUUGGAAGUUAAGGAUAUGUCGGAAGCAAACAUUGAUAUUCAUAAUAGAAUGUCCGACACGAGUCAAUGCAGCCAAAUAAUGGAAGAGGAAACUGCGUCCGUCGAUGACACAAAUGCAUAUAAUAGUUCCACCAUGGAAGAUUAUAUUAUGGAGUCCAAUACAGACAGCAUUGCAGCUACGGACGAUUUGAGACAGUUUGAUGUUUUAGACGAUUUAGAACGUCAUACAGAUCAGAACUGUUCAGAUAUGGACUCUGAUACAAAUGAAAGUAUGGACUCCGAUGUACCCGACGAAGAAAUCGAAGCUAUGUUAGAAGAAGGUUUACCAGAGGAAUUUAAAGGCAAGAGAAAAGACAGGAGGGAUAGUGUGCCGUAUGAAGAAAAAGAGAAGCUUGUCUUGGAUGAAAUCGGCCACAAUCAUUUUGAUGUACUUCCCGAGGGUUGGGUACAAGUGACGCAUAACAGUGGGAUGCCUUUGUAUCUUCACAAACAAAGUAGGGUUUGUACCCUUGCAAAGCCAUAUUUCCUUGGACCUGGUAGUGUCAGAAAGCACGAAGUACCUGUGAGUGCUAUACCUUGCCUUCAAUAUAAACGAGCUCUUCAAGAGGAAGAAGAAGAAAGAAAAAAAGAGAAGGAUCGCGAUCCGAAUGCAGAAGUAUGUAGUCUUCCCAGCGCAAAAAUCGAAACAAUUCAAGAAAACCGGGCAGCUCAUUCUUUAGACAGUCAACAGUUGAGAAAUUAUUGUCACUCGCUGUUUCGUUUCAAAGCUAUUAAAGUAAUGAGAUUUCAGUCAUGGUCGGCAAGAAGAAAGUUCACAAAAAAUAAAAAACAUCGUAAGCAACUGGAACGACCAACUUUACCUGACGGAACGAAACUGAUAACGUUUCCAGUUAGUAGCUCCGGUUUGACAGGAAGCAAUAGCGGUGCUACAGGAGACGACAGUGGCGGACAAAGGCCGCCGAAACAUUGGAUAAUGAACCCUUCGGGGAAAAGUUAUGUUUGCAUACUUCAUGAAUAUGUGCAACACGCUCUCAAAAAACAGCCGACUUAUAAAUUUAAAGAAUUAGAAAACGCCGCGACACCGUACUCUGCCGUUGUUUGCAUCAAUGAUAUGGAGUACGGAAGUGGUUUCGGUAGCAGUAAAAAGCAAGCGAAGGCUAAUGCUGCUCGUAAAACCCUUGAAAUCUUAAUCCCCCAAAUGAGGGAUAAGAUUUCGGGCGAUAACGGUGGUGAUACAGCUUUCGGUAACAAUAGUCGGAUGAUCAAGGCGUCCAGAACAAAUUCUGACGCGGACCUGUCGUUCUUCGAUGAAAUCUCGAUAACCGAUCCGCGAGUUGCAGAGUUUUGUGCCAAGACAACUGAGCCAUCGCCGCAUGCCAUUUUAAUUACAUGUCUUCAACGAAAUUAUGGACUGGGGGACAUGCACAUUAAUUAUUCUGUAAACACUUUAAAACAUCAGCGCAACGAAUUCACAAUGCGUGUUGGAAAACACGAGGCCACCGUUGUAUGUCGUAACAAGAAAGACGGUAAGCAACGUGCAGCGCAAGCUAUUCUACAGCUUAUGCAUCCUCAUAUCCAGUCUUGGGGUUCUUUACUAAGGCUGUAUGGAUCUCGUAGUGUAAAGUCUUUUAAAGAAAAGAAACAACUGGAACAAGAAAUUACAUUGUUACAAGGUAAAGCCGCCGUGAAUCAACCGAAUCACGCUAUUUUGAGUAAACUUAGGCAAGAAAUGCGCAAAUUAGCUGAGCAAAGACAGGCUGUACAACCCAUUGGUAAGUUUGUACCGCCAGAUUUGCCGACGGGAUCUGCAGCCAACUUGAACAAUGUAGAUUUAUAGC